UUACUUUCCCAUAUGUCUCUUUCUCUCUCAAUUUUUUAUGAUUAGAAGCAACUAAAUCCAUCUAACUCUAUCUCAAUUCCAUCAGCAUGCAACAGCUGUUCUCAAUUUCAGAUCCGUGUCACUGAUUUGAUUUUUGAAGUUAUUCGGAUUUCGAGAAAUCUUGCUACGUUUGCCUAUGCCUAUGAGUGAAGGUUCAAUUCCUAGGAGAAAUCAUUAGUUUAUUGUUUCUCUCUCUAGAAAUUCCGUUUCCUGCGCCAUAUUAAUCGCCAGCAUCAGCUGAUUCAGCUCAAUUUCAUUCGAUUUGUUGACCGAGGAGUCGUUGAUUGCACGCCAAUGGAAGUCGUCGUCGGUGAAGAGAAGCUGUACUCUCACAAUCUGCGAGAUUUUCUGCGGAUCAAGGAGGAAGAUCAUCGGAGGAAUCUGAACCAGAGCACCUCCUCCAGCAGCGGCGCCGGCCGCCGCAGCCUCACGAUGAGCGCAUUUCUCAGCGAGAAAAUCGCCCAGCCUCCGCCGCCCGAGGAUCCGCCGCGGCGCUCGGAGUCGAGCCGGACGUUGCUGGACAUCAUCCGCGAGGAUCGAACCGCCGGUCCCCGCCGCGGCGGGGACGACGGCCGGAGUAGUUGGCGGCACUUGAAGGACAAGAUCCGCCUCCGCCGCAGAAUCACCGACAACAGCAGCAACAAUCAAUCAGACGAGUCAAUUCAACCCGAUUCCAGAGCUCCGAUCCCCCUCACAAACCCUAGCCGAUCAACGGAGAGAUCCACCGCAACACUCGAACCCUCAAUUUCGCCUCCGAUUAGGCAAUUGACAGCCGACGGCAACGGAAUCUCAAAUCUAAACGAAGAGCGCCGCAUCAAUUCGGCGGAAUUGGCGCCGGAUGGGAGCGAUUCGCCGGUGAGGAUGUCGUUGAUGGCGUUGCUAGCGGAGAAUGAUCGGCAGAUGGGGUAUGAAAGCUCCGCAUACGCGAUGGAUGAGGACGAAACAGAGGAGGAUGUGAAUCAUGUAGUAAUUGAAGAAACCGGCACCUCCACGGCCGCCGCCGCCGGCAAAGGGGCGGAGGGCGAAAACUGCUGCGUUUGUAUGGUGAGGCAUAAGGGUGCGGCUUUUAUCCCCUGCGGCCACACAUUUUGCCGGCUGUGCUCCCGGGAGCUUUGGGUGCAGAGAGGAAAUUGCCCUCUUUGCAACAAUUUCAUUGUUGAAAUUCUUGAUAUCUUUUGAUGGGAUUCUUGAUUCAUAUAAACCUAAGAUCAUCUUCUUGUUUCAA